AUGGCCCCCACGCCACCCUCAGCGGAUGCAGCGUCGUCAGCGUCACCACAUAGCGAGGACCGUACGCGGCGCAAUGUAGCCUGUGUCAACUGUCGCAACUCCAAGGUGCGCUGUCGAUCUAGUACCGUCCCCGGCCAGCCGUGUCAGAGAUGCGCCAAACUCCAGCUAUCAUGCGUAGUGGAUAAGUUUCACAAGCGCAUAACGAAAAGAAGCAAGCUCGAGCAGCUCGAGCAGGAGCUCCGGUCCAUCAAGCAGGUCGUCGAUCCCCACGGCACCACUGGUGCCGACACGAGUUGGACGCCGCCCAGCCCGCGGGUGCCAUUUCCCAACUCAUCAGAAAAUCAUAGUCGCACUUUUGCGCAGGCCGUUCCGCAAGCGCCCACGCCGCUGUCUGAACCGUCAGCUACUGCGGCGCCGUCCGCGAGGCUCCCCGAGCAGCGGCCCAAGACCGGCCCCACCCAGGCCCGGAUGCUUCGCGAACAUAUGGUGUCCGGACAAGACAUUGACUGGUAUUUUAACAAAUUCCUGCAGUGCUUCCACCCCGCACUGCCCAUCUUGCGAAAGCGAGAUCCGGAUGAGUGUUACGAAGCCAGCCCGACCCUGUUUUGGGUCAUUGUAUACGUAACCUGUCGCCGAUAUACCAAAGAUCGCGUCUUUUUCCGCGCCCUGGUAGAUCAUGUCGAGAAGGACAUAGCAAAAACGCUGAUCGAUCCGGUCAUGUCGCUAGAAACUGCACACGCGGCCUUGUUUCUCUGCGCGUGGCCUCUCCCCGUUAUACGGCUGCUGACAGAUUCAUCCACGACGUAUGUUAGCAUAGUCAUGACAGGCAUCAUGAUGAUCGGGGCACACACUGGCCGCGGUAGUCACAAGCAGUUUUGCGUAGGCACCAGGAAAGCUCGCAUCUUCACCGACGAGGAAGCAUCAUCGACCUGGAUGGCCUGCUGUAUACUGGCGCAAAAAAUAUCAACUACAAGUGGCCAUCCGCCACCCUCUAUCCAACACGACGACACACAAUGUCGCGCAUCGCUGGACUCGCCAUUCUGGGCUGACCUAAUAUCCACGUUUGACCUCUACCGAUUUUUGAACCGCUUCCACUCAGCAAUGUCGGUUCAUGCGUCCAUUCAUGGACAAGCCCCUAGCUCCGAAGUCGCGAGAUGGGAACAAGAGUUUGAGACGCUGAAGCCUGCGAUAAUACAGUCCAACACUGAACUUACGCACGUCCUGUCUCUCUCAGCGCUCCUCGAGAUCCAAACGUUUUACUUCUCCGCCAACCCCGAAGUACCGCCCCAUAUCCAGCGCAUCAACUAUCUCCGCGCCUUCAACACGGCACGCAGCCUCAUCAGCACGGUGCUCGAGCAGGAGUCGCGCAGCAAGCUACUCACACACGCCACGAACCAGAUCUUCCGCAGUCUAAUCGACGCCGCCUGCAUCGUCACCAGCAUCCUGUACUCGACGUCGGCACCGCCCGACAUGUCCCCCAACGACGCCAACCUGCUCGCGCAGCACGCUGCCGCUGUGCUCCACCGCUGCUCUGUCGAGGAGAGCGACCUCCCGCACCGCAUCGGCGUCAUCAUCGAGACGUUCUGGACCGUCCGCCACCUCAUCCCGCGCAUCGAGGUCGGCCCCCGCGCCUGGUCCGAUCGCCUCGGCGUCGGCAUGUCGUUUUGGUGUCUGGAGCUGUUCAAGAAGGGCCUUCGCGCCGCGCAAAAGAACAGCGAGACGGCGGCCGCGGCCAACAGAGCCGAAGAGUUAAUCAAUGGUCACAGGACGACACGGCAGAACCUGGCGCAGAGUGCCAUCGAGCAGCCCGUCAGAGAAAGUGGUGCACCGGCUGCGAGAGCACAGCAGCCUGCGCCUUCAUCCGUCGGCCAGCCGAACAACAUGCUGCAACCCAUGACCAUGGGUCCGGACCCCUUUCAGGAGAUUGACUGGACCAUGUUCACAGACGACUUUGGCUGGAUCGGCGAUGACGGCGUCCUACUUGGUCUGCCGUGA